UUGGACGAAUCAAAAGGAAGCGCUGGAGAUCGGGAGAAGGGAGGCGAACUGGUCAACACCCUACCUCUAUGGCGCCCCCGGCUUCUCCCUUCUCCACUGACACUGGGUCGUCGAUCACGGUGGAGGAAUGGAGAGGAUCGUCCUCCACCGAACUGUCCUGCACUUCCGUCCUCAUUGCCGAUCGUUCCUCGUUCAAGAUCCACAGAUCGGGAAGUCGAUGGAACGAGAUGAGCAGGAAGAUUCUCGAGGCAUUCAUCCCAGAGGGAUUUCCAGGCAGUGUGACUCCAGAUUAUGUUCCUUUCCAAGUAUGGGACUCCUUACAGGGGCUUUCUACAUAUAUACGUGCCAUGCUUUCAACUCAAGCUCUUUUGAGUGCUAUUGGUGUUGGUGAACAAUCUGCUACAGUCAUCGGUGCCACUUUUCAGUGGUUCUUGAGGGAUUUCACUGGAAUGCUUGGAGGUAUUUUAUUCACAUUUUAUCAGGGUUCUAACCUUGACAGUAAUGCAAAAAUGUGGCGGUUAGUAGCAGAUUUCAUGAAUGAUCUUGGAAUGCUGAUGGAUCUUGUGUCCCCUCUCUUCCCAUCAGCUUUGCUAGUAAUAUUCUGCUUGGGGAGCUUAUCAAGAUCAUUCACUGGCGUUGCUAGUGGGGCUACUAGAGCGGCAUUGACCCAACAUUUUGCACUAGAGAAUAAUGCAGCAGAUAUAUCUGCUAAGGAAGGUAGUCAAGAAACACUUGCGACGAUGGUAGGAAUGGCUCUAGGAAUGCUUCUAGCUCAUAUCACAAGAGGCUAUCCUUUGGGUGUGUGGAUUUCAUUUCUUUCCCUGACAAUGUUUCACAUGUAUGCAAAUUACAGGGCAGUCAGAUGCCUUUCCUUGACGACAUUGAAUAACCAGAGAGGUUCAAUUCUGCUACAGCAUUACAUGCAGAACAAAACAGUUCUUGCUCCACAAGAAGUGUCAAGGAAGGAGCACAUAUUUCCUACUUGGCCCAGCUGGCAGAGAAGUGCCAAGUCACUGCACCAGUGUAUUCACUUGGGUGUUAAGGCUUCAAAUUUGAGCCAUUCAGAUAUGAAAGAACUCUUGGGAGCAGCAGGUUCCCAUUACAGGAAAGCGAACUAUUUAUUGAUCCAACAGAAAGGGAUGGUCCAAGUGCUGAUCCAUAAGGAGGCAACAUCCACUGAUACACUGCAAUCCUUUUUCCAUGCCUUGGUUAUAGCAAGUCUGGCAGGUAAAAGCAAAUCUCUGCAUACAGAGAGCCGACUAUGGAUGGACCAACAUUACUCUGAUUUUAUGACAAAGCUGAAAUCAUCAGGAUGGUCUACUGAGCGUCUUCAGUCGGGUUCCCAUGUUUGGAGGGCUGUAUGGGUUCAAAGCUCAGAUGAGAAAACGAACUAAGAGUUGGGAGUUAUUUGCCCCUUUUAAUAGCUCUCUAUUUGAAGUGCUUUCCUUCUGUCCGUGCGUUGCUUUGCAGACAAAUUGCUAGAUAAAUAUUGUGAAAGGAAUACUAAUCUGUUAUAUUCAUAAGGUUUUUCUCUCAA